AUGGGAGCAGAUAAAGCGGCGCCCAUCAAGGAAGCCGUACUGCCGAAGGAUAUCAUUAUGGUGCUCUGUACUGUGCACCUGCUCCUGGCGCUUUCAAUGCUGGUCCUUCUGGGACGGGAGCUGUUCAUAGCAGAGAACCCUCUGAAGGGGGCUUAUCCGCUGACCUUAGAAAACAUGGAGACAAUCGGAAACAUCAUCGAUCGAGAAGUCAUACAGAUCAACCCCAGUAUGCUGAUCGACCUCCUGAGUAACGACCCCUUGUUUGAAAGUCACGAGAAGGACGACCAGGUGUUGGAGUCGGUGCAAAAUGAGAGAGUAGAUAUUAUCUUCCAGAAGGCAGUCAGUUCAAUGCUUCGCCGUGCUGUGGAAGGUCGAAGUCUGCCGAAAAGUAUCGCCUUUUUGCGCCGUGCUCUGACCCUCCUGGAACAGGAAGCCCGUACACAAUACAAAGAGCUCGCCGCGAAGGCCGAAGAAACACUUGGCAUGAACGCUCAAGAAGAAGUUGCUGCCGACGACGACGAUGAUGACUACUAUUACGGGGAUGAUGAUGCUGUGGUGUAG